AUGCACCAAGAUUCAGGGUUACUAGGCACCAAGAUUCAGGGUUACUACUUAGUUGGAACUUUGACCGAAAAGAAGAUCGACUUAAAUGAGGAAGACCGUAAGCAUUUGCUAACGGUGCUUCUUCCAUACUUAAGGCAGCUACAUGAAGAACAAAUGAUCGAGAAGGAGACUGAAGCUAAGAGACAAGGCAUCUCACUUUCAGAGCUCCAGGUAGGGCAGGCAGACUGCUCCCAUGAAGAGCGUAUUUACUGUGACAAUUGUAAAACUUCAAUUUUUGAUUAUCACCGAAGCUGUCAAGAAUGUUUUUUUGACCUCUGUCUAGUCUGUUGCCGUGAGAUUCGCCAAGGAAAAUUGGUUGGGGGUGCAGAGCCAGUUGAGUUUGAAUUUAUCAGUCGGGGGCUGAAGUAUAUGCAUGGUGGAGAGGAGUCAACGUCAAAAAAAAUAAAUGUUGAGUCAAAAAAUGAUGAUCGUGACUGGUCAAGAUCUAGUUUGAAGGUGACAAGUGAUGGUAGCAUCCCUUGUCCAAGGGUUGAUGGUGGUUGUGGUCAUAGUUAUCUUGAACUUCGAUGUAUAUUUCCUGAUGACUGGAUUUCUGAACUUGUAAAGAAAGCAGAAAAUAUGGCUAAAGCAUAUAAUCUUGAUGAUGCAAGACAGACAAGUAACCAGUGUGGUUCAUGCUUUGAACUAGAUGGUAACAACAAUAAUGUUGGAAAUGAGAACAGGAUAAAGGCUGCUUCUCGCGAAGAUCCUAGUGACACUGACAACUAUAUAUACUGUCCAAGGGCCAUAGAUUUAGGACUUAAGGAUGUGAAGCAUUUUCAGUGGCACUGGAGUAAAGGAGAGCCAGUGAUUGUCAGCAAUGUGCUUGAAUGCACAUCUGGUUUAAGCUGGGAACCACUGGUUAUGUGGCGUGCUUUCCGUAAGAUAAAUAAUAAAAAGCAAGAAACACAUUUGGCAGUGAAGGUCAUUGAUUGUUUGGACUUGUGUGAGGGAGACAUCAAUAUCCACCAAUUCUUUACUGGGUACUCUGAAGGUCGAAAAGAUUUUGAAAUGGGGCCUCAGUUAUUGAAACUGAAAGAUUGGCCUCCUUCGAAAUUAUUUGAGGAACGGUUGCCACGUCAUUGUGCUGAGUUCAUUUCUUCCCUACCAUUCAAGGAAUAUACAAAUCCCUAUAAUGGUGUUUUAAACCUUGCUUCAAUGCUACCAGAUGGAGUAAUAAAGCCAGAUAUUGGUCCAAAGACAUAUAUAGCAUAUGGAAUUCCUAUGGAGCUUGGGCGGGGAGAUUCAGUGACAAAGCUUCAUUGUGAUAUGUCUGAUGCAGUAAAUGUUCUGACACAUACUUUUGAAACGCCCCUUGAUGCUGAUCUUCUUGCACAAAUAAAGUAUUUAAAAGGAAAGCACCUUGAACAGGACAGAAAGGAGCUGUAUCACGAUGGUCAGGGGGAAGAAGCUAAUGCUGAAAAUGGAAAGAUUACAGAUCUCGAAAAUACCUUGCUUGGAUAUGAUUCUGUUGAGGGAGGUGCUCUCUGGGAUAUUUUUAGGAGACAGGAUGUGCCUAAACUGCAGGAAUACCUUAAGAAGCACUUCAGAGAAUUCAGGCAUGUCAACUGUAUUCCUUUGCAUCAGGUUGUUCAUCCUAUCCAUGAUCAGACCUUUUAUUUGACUAUGGAUCAUAAGAGGAAACUGAAGGAGGAAUAUGGAAUUGAACCAUGGACAUUUAUUCAGAAACUGGGAGAUGCAGUUUUGAUUCCUGCUGGUUGUCCUCACCAAGUCAGAAAUCUCAAGUCAUGUAUCAAGGUUGCUCUCGAUUUUGUGUCACCUGAAAGUAUAGAGGAGUGUAUUCGUUUAACACAGGAAUUUCGCACACUUCCCAUAAAUCACAGGGCUAUUGAGGACAAAUUGGAGGUCAAAAAAAUGCUUAUUCAUGCAAUGGGCAACGUGGUGGGGCAAACAUGGGGGAAGGAAGGAACAGAGCUACUUGAUCAAAAGAAAGGAAAGAAGAAAGCUAAGGCUAAAUUGUAACGAGGAUCUAUUAAAAUGGAAGCCUGUGGAAGUUUGCUUCUUUGUUUUGUAGUGGCAGCCAUCCUCUUGUAAGGCCCUCUCCAUGCACCGUGUAACACCAGAAUGCAAACUCUGUAAAUAAUCACAUGGAUGGUGAUAUGUACAAGCAACGAUGCUUUUUCAAAAGUGCAUUUUUCUCCGAUCGCUUUUUUUAAAUCUCGUUGCCGUUACAGAAAUGUGGAUAGAAUUAUUAUUGUUUGGUUAAAGGGAUUUGGAAAAGUGU